GCCCGCAAGGCGGCCAAGGAGCUGCAGACGCAAGUGGACCAGCGCAAGGCCGAGGUCCAGGAGCUCGAGGAGAAGCUCGUGCAGCUGCGCGCGGCGCAGAAGGAGGACGAGAAGAAGCUGCAGGCCCAGCAGGCAAGGGUGGAGGAGCUCAAGGCCGAGGAGGCCGGGUGCAGACGGCGCAUCCAGGAGAUCCAGGAGGCCCGCGAGGGCAGGCGAAAGCAGCUGGAGGAGGAGAAGAAGAAGCGGGAGGUGGAGCGCAGGGCCGAGGAGGCGGCGAAGGCCGAGAAGCAGCGCAAGAAGGAGGAGGCCAGGAAGCAGCGCGAG